AUGAAUACUCCACACUUUCGCCAGCCUUGGCGACGACAGAACUCAGUUCCGAACCACACACGAAACCGAAACUGCAAACAAAAAUUUGCAGAAAAGCCUUAUAAUGGAAAUUCCCAGAACACCUCCCAGUCACAAGACAGUACAAAGCCCCUGAAAAUUAUCACACAUCCAAAAGCCAGUAAAGACAUUGCCUACAAGAAGCUCUGGGCUUGGGACGACUACGACCGACGAGAUCGCAGUAAGAAAGGCAAAUUUGUAUGCUUCAAAUGUCUAGGAUACCUAAAUCCACGAGACAAAUUCUGCUCAGACUGCUGGUCAGACAACGACUGGAUUUUUACAUGGCUUAAAAGUCUGAAGCCGCCUUAUGAAGAGAUGAAGGAGUGCGCGGAUGCCGAAGGAAGUCAAAGUUCAGUCGAUUCUAGGGUAGCUUCUGAAGACUCGGAAAAUGUGGGGGAUGGACUUGUCAUCACUACCAGAGAAGAGUUGGAAGACUCUGAAGAUGGAAAUUACGAUAGUAUUUCGCAACGGUAUGGCAAUAAUAGAGAUCAAAUCAUGAUCUCGGAGUAUCGGAGGAAGAGAGCGGUAUGGAGACAUGUUCCCAUUGUCGUCAACCUUCCUAAAGAGGCUCCGCGUGGAUGGUCAGCUAUUGAAUGCGGAAUGUAUUGA